UCUUUUCAUGCUGUUUGUAAUCUGGCUGCUUMGACGGUAUCACUCCCUGGCUCAGAAGAUGAUUCUUAGCCUGAGUGUAGCUGCCUUCUUUGACAGCAUAGCAUAUGUCAUGGGUGAGACCCAUCUGGAGGGAUCUCUAUGUGACUUCCAGGCCUGGUGGCUGACAUACUUUGACUGGAGUGCCUUGGCCUGGGUUUGCCUCAUUACGCUAAACCUGUACCUGAACCUGGUCCGAGAAAUAAGCACCAACCGCUAUCAGAUGUUGUACCAUCUGAUGGCGUGGGGGGUGCCUUUGAUCAUGGCCUCUUUGCCGCUGUUCAAGGGUUACUAUGGUCCUGCAGGACCGUGGUGCUGGAUCACAGACGAUCACGUAGCAUGGAGAUUUGGGAUAUGGUACGUGCCUCUUUUCAGCCUCAUCUUCCUGAUGAUCUGCUGCUACGCCAGAAUCAUCUGUGUGGCCAAUAACAGGAUGCAGUCAUGGUUAGGAACCUUCAACCCAGAGAGGGAGAGACGGAAGGUUUCCUUAGCUGACGAGAUCAAGCCGCUGAAGUGGUAUCCCUCCGUUUACCUGCUGGUGUCCAUCUUUCCUCUCAUUAACAGASUCCAUAAUGCCUUCUACCCUCAGGACCCUUCAUUCCCCCUGACCCUUUUACAUGUCCUGUCAGCGCCUCUCCAUGGGUUGGCCAACGCUUUUGUUUUUGGUCUGGAUAAAGAGUGGUGGAGCCUUUUGAGCCCAACUGGCUUGCAGCUGGCGCUGCAGUCACGGCUCUGUGACCGAACGCAAAUCGGAGAGUACUACCCCGGGGCGGUGCGCUACACACAAGCGGACCUAAUCGACCCGAGCGAUGAUGACGACGACGACGCCAACGUGCUCUUCUACUCUCCUGACAUGACCCUGAAAGACCGAGGUCCCUGAGAGGGAACGAGGGAGACAAAAGAGAAGAAGCAAAAAGGAGGGACAYGGCCAGAGAGAACCGGCAGCGGAUUAGAAACUGAGAAGGGGGUAAAAAAAGAAAAGAGGUAGGGAGGGAAGGGAAAGGAAGAUUGUGGGGACAGUCAGGCAGAUAGAAGCCGGAGAUGAGCUGUCAGGUUCCAUUAUUAAUCCCCAUCCUUUACUAUUUAAUAUCCUUAAGACACCCACCGCACAUAUAGAGCAGAGCUCCAGCUCUCUGCAACACUACCAUCAGAGCGCUCCAAUGUUAAAGUCAUCUGCUGCAUCCCAAAGGUCCUGAAAUACGUUACCUCUCUGCAUUUUGCUGCAUUUUAGCGUGCCAGGGAAAAAAAGCAAGAAGCAAAAACAUUAGGCACCACUGAAAGGCAGUCAUAACAAGGUGUUUCUUAAGCACUUGCAGCAAUCACCUUUUCAYUUCUCCGCAGGAGAUGAGUUGAAAGGCAGACCUUUAAAAAAAUCACCCCUGCGUGUCAGCAUCCAGCUCUGCCAUUAGAUUGAUCCUUGUACCUCGUAAUUUUCCUGCCAAUAGGGGGAAGGUGGGUGUACAGUCAAAAACACAAAUAAAAGUAUGGGGGGCUUUUAGAAAACGGUUGAGAUGAGUCAGUCAAGGGAAAACAAGUCCCAGAGCUCAGUCUUUCUCCUCAGACAGUAUUUUUAUUCUCGUUGCCUCUUUGCCCUGGGGUUGCAACUUCUGCACAAGUAUUUCCUUGAUAGUUGUUUUGUAUUUCUUUUUUUCUUAUUUUUUUUUUUUUGGUAAAGUGUUUUUUUGUAAUAUUGUAUUUAUAACAAAAUAAUAAUAAAAUGGACUGUAUAUAUUUUCUAUUUUUUUUUUGUACGUGCCUCUGACUGAAAUGUAAAGAAACUUUAUUUUCUCAGACUCAUUGCCCUUUUGUCCUGACUGUUAUAAAGCACAUAGCCUUGUGAAAAMCUUAUCAAACAAAUUUGUCCUCUCACACGCACACACAUAUUUAAGAAGGUGUUUGUCUAACUGCRGCCAGAUUAGCAUGAAAAACAUACAUCAUAUUCAUCCAUGGCCUGCUUGAUGCAGCAAACAUCUGGAGGAUUUUUUUCUGAUUUCAUUAUUAAAUCCAGGGUGAAAUAAUGUCACCAGACUUGCACCAUCUCUCUCUCUCUCUCUCUCUCUCUCUCUCUCUCUCUCUCUC